AAAUCUACAUAUAUAAAAUGUGAGGAAGCGUUUCUCAUCAGCGUUUUUCUCUCUCAUCCAUUCCCCGUCUCUUCCUCUCUCUUCCCAUAUUCAUUAUUUCUUCCUCCUUCUCUCCAUCUUCUCAUCUCUCUCUUCUCCCUUUUCAACUCCAAAAAAUCCUAAAAGCCAACAACAAGUAAUUUGAUUUUUCUUCGUUUAGGGACGAGACGUUGAAAAUGGCGCCCCGUCUCUUAUCCUGUUUCAGAAGCCCCUCCGGUUCCAAGUACGACGACAAGGUGACGGCGGACUUCACGGCGGAGGAGCAGCAGAGAGGUGGCCCUGUGGUGGUGGAGCUCUUCUCCUCACAGGGCUGCGCCAUCUCUCCGGAGGCGGAGCUGCUCUUCUCGCGCCUGGGGAGGGGCGACUUCAAUCUGGAGGUACCGUUGGUGUUGUUGGCGUACCACGUCGACUACUGGGACUACAUGGGGUGGAAGGAUCCGUUUGGGUCCAGCCAAUGGACCGUCCGUCAGAAGGCCUACGUUGAGGCCCUCCGGCUCGACACCAUGUUCACGCCCCAAAUCGUCGUCCAGGGCCGGGCCCACUGUGUGGCCAAUGAGGACGAGGCUUUGUUGUCCUGCAUCACGACUGCACCCCGAGUCCCUGCACCCAUGUUCCAGGCGACGUUCCAGAGGCCGACACCGGAAUCACUACAAGUAUCACUAGCAGGAGCUUUAAGGACAAAAGUGGAUCAUGAAGGUGCAAAUGUGAUGGUUGCUCUGUGCGAAUGCGGUCUAGUCACAGACUGUACGAGCGGGGCCAACAAAGACCGUGUUUUAGUUAACGACUACGUCGUCCGACGCCUUGAAAAGCUCGUCUCCCUCAAAGAUGUAUCCGCCAAGAAAGCCGUCUCCGGAACUGCUACCUUCUCUCUGUGGGAAGGUUUCAACCCCACCAAAUGUAAGCUCGCUGUCUUCGUUCAGAACUCUUCUCAUCAAAUAUUUGGUUCGCAGAACAUUCCGUUGCCCGACAGGCUAUAAUUAGUUUGUAUGUAUGUCCCGUUACAGUUCAUUUUGUGUGCUAUCACCGGCUGCUAUUUGUACAGUAUUAUGUGUUGUUAUGUUGGUCGUAGGUUUCUUUGAGUUGUUGAAUCAUUGGAAUUCUUUUUGUUUUGAUGGAUUUGAGGUUUAGGAGGUGGGGUUUGGAGGAGUUGUGUUGGUUGAAAUUUGGGAUGUUGUUGUUUUUUUUUAACAUAUGAUGUCUGAUUUCAUUCUCUCUCCAAAUUCUUCAUGGUCUA